GGGGGCGAGCGAGCGCAGCAUAGGCGUCCGCAUACUUGUCGUCUCUGAUGCUGCCGGUUAACAAAGGGAGGUCUGUGCCCCUGCAGGUUGGCUCCUUCGCUCAGGUACUGUAACACGAAACUGGACCACGUGACCGGGGGACGCGGACGGCCGACGACAGAACUGCUCUGGCUUGCAGACCGACAGGUAGCCCAGUCUGCGACUCGCUCCCACACGGAGAGAGAGAAGCUCCGCUUUCCUCGGCAAACUUUGCUCCGGCCGGACCGAGUAUCCGUGGGGUUUUAAGGAGCCCCGGCAGUCUUGUGGUUGAACUCUCCGGCCGUGGCCGCGUUUAGUCUGAUAAGGUGAGGCCGACGACGACAACAACAACAUGGUUCAUUCUUGAGGAGUCCACUUCACAAACAGGUGCACUUCCUGUUGCCUCGGCCAUCUGGGAACACCAUGCCGGGGGUCUUUUGAUGAGGAUAUUUCUUUUCUCCUCCGGUGUUGCCCAGAGAAACAGCCUGUGAAUGUUGGACUUGACGAAAUGGGCCCAGGCAGGUGCCCUGCAGUCCUAUUACCGGUCUACCCUUACUAGGCCCUCCUGGUCACGGGCAGAAAUGGCACCGCUCCCAGAUAUUCUGAGGAUGCCUGGACUUUUGGUCGGGAGCGCCUUGCUGCUCAUAUUGGGCAGCAAUCCUGUCUGGGGGAAUAAUACCACGACUACAAGCACAUCCUCCCCAAGCACCACCACUGGACCCACAACCGACAUUGCAGCUAUUGUGGCCCCCAUUGUAACGCUGGGUCUUCUGGCUAUCAUCGCCGGCGUCCUCACCUGGCUGUUUUGCGUUGUGAAGAAGAAGAGGCAGACUGAAGGGACUUACCGACCCAGUGCCGAGGAGCAGUCCGGGACGAGGAGCGUGGAGACUCCGAAUGCACUCAAGUUGCCCAAGGAGGAGAGACUUAUUUGAGUGGCUCUGUUUGGCGUCUUAUUAAAUCAAGGUCUGAUCCACAUGCGCUUAACAUUGUGGCCGGAGUACUUUCACGGGGCCCCAACCAAGAGGCGCUUCAGACAGGCAUCUUGAUAGCAUACUACAUUAAAUACACCACAGUUGGGCAGCCCAGCGUCACUUUCUGUCAGGGGGCCCAGAAUUCCUUGCAGCACCGCUGUGUGACAGAAGAUAAGAUGUCUCCAGGAGAAAUGGAGGCUCACGGUAGCCCACGUUUCGGCGACAUUUGCAAUCAUAAAGUGUGAGUUACCUCUUCAUUUCAACAGAUUCUGUCUUAUUUUCUGGAAGGUUCCUUGGAUGGCGAGCACUGAGAUGUAUUUGUAAGUAAGAUAUAGAUAAAAUACCAACAAAAGCUUGGUUUAUGUGAACGAUGCUCUGGACGACACCACUGCACUAAAUGAACAAAGGCAGUAUUUUAUCACUACUGCUCAUCGUGUUUCUACAAACAUGUUCUUCUUCUUUUUCAAUGUUUCAGUUGAACUGAUGUAGCUUACCGUAUAGAUUUGCUUAACUGACUACAAUCCUAUUUCAUGCGGAAGCAUGCUGCUAUAACCAGCUACAGUAAAUGGUAGCUAGCACAAACGAAAUAUGAAUGCUGUAAUGUACGCAACACAAGAAAAUGCUUCUGAAAGAUGAAAUCAUUUCAAAAAUUACUUCAUGGGUGAGUCUUAUAUUGAUAUUUUACCUCGGACUCACUUUAUGCUGUUAAGAGUCCUUAUGAAAUGUGUUUUUUUUUGCGUAUUCGGUUACAUUAUAAAUCUGUAUGAGAGAAAAUUCCCAAGAUUUUUCAAAAGACCUGCUGCAUGUUUAACAAACAAGGUUACACUGGAAACCUGAAUCACUCAAAAAUGAAUGAUUGUUUACACUUGAAUUAUGAUCAUAAUGAUGGCUAUUGUUAUUAAAAAUAAUAAUAAUUUAAACCCGGUAAUGAAGCUGAUUUAAAGUCACAUUAUUUGUCAUUUUUAAUCUUUUUUCAAAUUAACCUGUGUGACUUGCACUCUCUGCACGCUGAGAUGUUUUGCAAUGUCACAACAUUUUUGUCAUCCAUCCAUUAUCCGAACCGCUUAGCCUGCUCUCAGGGUCGCGGGAAUGCUGGGGCCUAUCCCAGUAGUCAUUGGGCGGCAGGUGGGAAGACACCCUAGACUGGCCACCAGGCUAUCACACAGGGCACACACACAUUCAUACCUAGGGACAAUUUAGUACGGCCGAUUCACCUGACCUACAUGUCUUUGGACUGUGGGAGGAAACCGGAGCACCCGGAGAAAAGCCACGCAGAUACGGGGAGAACAUGCAAACUCCACACAGAGGACAACCCAGGACGACCCCUCCCAAGGUUGGACUACCCCGGGACUCGAACCCAGGACCUUCUUGCUGUGAGGCGACUGCGCUAACCACUACGCCACCGUGCUGCCCCAUGUUUAUCAGUGUGUCUCCAAUAAAUGCCCCGGAAUAUUUUUAGAAUAGUUGUGUAUUAAUAACCAUUUAUACACAAUGGGACCAUGUGUGUCCAUGUACAGCCAUGGGCCCCUUCAAGACUGCUGCAGACUGCAGAGCCCUGCAGAGUCCACCCCCACCCCCCAGGUCCUGGGGUUCGAACCCGGGACCUUCUUGUUGUGAGGCGACCGUGCUAACCAUUGCACCGCCGAAUAUAACGCCGAAACAUAAUUUAUUUAUGGUAAUGUAGAGAAAUUAUAUUUGAUGCUUACAAAAGUUUUGUUAAUGGUGAUUUGGAUAUGAAGUUCUUGGUAACGAUUUUCAUUGACCACAUUACAUGACACAUCACUACACAGCUGCAGGCAGUUUGUAGAUAUGCCAUAUAUCUGAUCCAGUAUAGGUCAUGAAGGGUUUAUUCACAUGUUAUGACUUCACCUUGCAGGUUGAUCAUUCUUAUGUUAGGCCUACUUCUCUUCUUGACUGAGUAUUCAUCUCUCCAGAUGCGGUGUGGUAUAAUCAUCACACACACAGCAACAGAAGACAUUAGCGGAGACAAGAAACCAGUCGGUAGGCCUAACACACAACUUAUCAGCCUGCCAUGUGGAAUCAUAACAUAUGAAUAAAACCUUCAGGACUCAUCCUGGAUCAGUUAUAUGGCAUAUCUACACGGUCUAUAGCUGUGUAGUGAUGUGUCAUGUAAUGUAAUCAAUGUAAAUCGUUACCAAGUUCUUAAACAUUUGAAAUCCACAGUGAGUCUGUCAGGAACAACAAUUCCCUGGGAAAAUCUCGACCAAAAUAAUAAUAUGGUAAAUAAAUUAUAAUAAAUAUUGGAUUACAUUUAUAUAGCGCUUUUGUAGGCAUCCAAAGCGCUUCACAUUGAAGGGGGUAACGCACUUCAACCACCACCAAUGUGGAGCACACACCUGGGUGAUGCACAGCAGCCAUUUUGCAUCAGGAUGCUCACCACACAUCAGCUUGAGGUGGAGAGGGAGGAAUCAUUGAGCCAAUUACACGGGGGGAUGAUUAGGUGGCCAGAUGGAGAGAGCCAAGUUGGGAAUUUUGCCAGGACAUCAGAGAACCCCCCCCCCUACUCUUUGUGAUAAGUACCAUGGGAUCUUUAAUGACCACAGUAAGUCAGGACCUCGGUUUAAUGUCUCAUCCGAAGGACGGCAUCUCCUACAGCACAGUGUCCCCGUCACUGCACCAGGGCAUUGGGAUUUGAUAUUUGUUUAUUAGGACUAGGGGGAAGACUGCUCCCUACUGUACUGUCCACAAAUACACGGGUUAAAGUCUGAACAUCACACCUACUGGUUCACCAAUACCACUUCCAGUAGCAACUCAUCUUCCCAGGAGGUCUUCCGUCCAAGUACUAGCCAAGCCCAUACCUACUUAGCUUCUAACAUUUGGCAGAGCCAGGGUACUUACUGGUGUGGCUGCCGGCUGAAAAUAGUAAUUCAGGUCAUAAUGUUCUGUGCUUGUUCAACUGCACACAGGAUUCAAAUGUGAUAUGAUGUGAUCCUGUGAUGUGCUGUGCCCUGUGAUGGCCUGGCGGCCUGUCCAGGGUGUCUCCCUGCCUGCCGCCCAAUGACUGCUGGGAUAGACUCCAGCAUCCCCGCGGCCCUGGGAGCAGGAUAAGCAGUUUGGAUAAUGGAUGGAUGGAUGUAUCUUACCCAAUUGUUGUCAUUGCUUGCACAUAUUAAACACAGACUGUAACACAACUGACAGAUUGAGUGUAUCCAGGGCUUUCUGUGCUGUUUAGCCCCAGUAGCUGAACUGGUAGAUGUGUUUGCACCCAAGGACAUGUAUAUGUCAUAAACAUAGCUGCAUUGUUGUGUAUAGGUCCCUGCAUACUUCAGUCAAGUUUAA